UAUAACUUCGGUUUACUGUCAAACUUAUUUUGAAAAUAAAAAAUGGAAGAUUUCGAUGUUUUCACUGAUGAAAUCAAAUUCACCAAGCCGUUGUACAAGAAUAUACUACACAAGUAUGCAUACGACAUUCCCGCAACACCAAACGGUCCAAAUUAUCAAAGUAAGAACAACUUAUUUUCAUUUCAAAUAGGACCUGACUAUCUUGAAUAUAUUUUAUUUACCAUUAGAAUCUUUAUAUUAAAACUAAGGUUUUAUAUCACAUCUCGCACAUUUCUGUAUAGUCAGUUUGGUGCAGGUCUUAAUAAACUUAUUUAUAUCCUUUCAGAAGACAAACUACGAAAAAUUACCAGUUUCAUAAAACCUGUGAAAGAUUUAAUUGAUGCCAAUCCAAUAUCUAAAACUGAGGAGAAAUUAUUAUUGGAUUUUUUCUCAAAUGACACUGAUGAUAUAACAGACAUUUUGAGUACAUUUGAAAUAAAUGAAGAGCCACCUCUCCACAGGAGAUAUCUCAAUUUUGGUUCAGUGAAUAAUGUUGACAACUUUCAGAAAAUACUCAGUGAGAUUCCUAAAGAAUGGACAGUCAUACAAUUGACAGCACCAUACAACCCAAAUGAAAAUCUUAAACCACUAGAAGAGUACAGAACGGAAAUAAGCUCAAUAUAUUUGAGCCUGUUCACUAAUGAUUACCUGGAGGAUUGUGGUCUACCUCCAAUCACAGUGAACAUACCGGCCAAUGUCCAUAAAGAAGGUGAAGACCCACUGUUCAAAGAAUUGUAUUCAUUAUUGGGCGAGAAUUAUAAAACCAUAGACAAUGCGCAAUUUCUUAAUAACAAGAGAUUGGUGCAGAAUUACUGGAACAAAAGGGAAGACAUUGAUUUGAGGAUGAAGAGUGUAAUAAAUGUGAUGGAUAAAGAGUGGCUCGGUGGUUGGGGCAGCCUGCUCACAGGAAAACUCGUGGAUAAGGAUUUGAAACAGAAGGUCAUACAGUUGGUGGACAAUACCAUCACUGAUUGGGGCUUCAUCAAACUAACGAAAAAACAAAAAUUCCUUCUAUGCAAUCUCAUUGAGAGUUGCCCGACCUUAUCCUCUCAACAAAUCAAGUCCUGCAUCAGGAGAAUACUCACAGAACACGGCAACACUGAAGAUAUCCGUAAAGUAUUGAAAUGCUGCGAAAAUUGUACCAAAGAGUUUAAAUUCACGAAUGAGUUGUGUUUGAAAUGUCUGUCUAAAUGUUUUGAGAGUAUACACAACUUUACAUUGUUUGAUGGAAUCAAGGCUUUUGCAACCGCCAAUCUUGUGAAGGAUGGUGAUGAGUUGUCUGCUUUGAAAAAAGCUAAACGACAUCCAGUGAUACUGAUUGUUGAUGAGCUACUAGACACAUUCCCAUGGGAGACUCUUCCUAUUCUGAACCACCAUCCGGUGUCCAGGAUGGAGAAUAUACAUUUCCUGUACUACUUAUACAAGAUACACGAGAAGCAGAUUGUCGAUGGACAUUUUGUUGCUAAAUGUGAUGUCGGAAGAUAUGUUAUAAAUCCAGAGAAGAACCUAGACCGCAUGGAGAAGCGGAUGCGAUCAUUCGUGGAGUACUGGUGCAAGUCGUGGAGCGGUCACAUCGGGGAGACUCCACUCCCUGAAGACUUCCUCACGCACCUCACUGAGGCUGAUGUAUUCUUGUACUGCGGCCACGGCGACGGCUGCCAGUUCGGCAACGGAGGCGCGCGCGGCGUCGGCGUGGAGGCGCGGCGGGCGCGCGCCGUCGCGCUGCUCGCCGGCUGCGGCUCCGCGCGCCUCGCGCCCGCACGCGCACGCGCGCCGCCCGCCGCCGCGCACCACCACCUGCACAUCGCGCACUGUCCCAUGGUGGUCGGCAUGCUGUGGGAAGUCACAGACCUGGAAGUGGACAAGGUGAUCAGCACGCUGAUGUCGCUGUACGUGCCGUCGGAUGCGCCGGUGCCGUGGCCCAGCGUCGGCAAGGCUAAAUGGAGUCAAGGGGUGUUGGACACAUCACCGACUGAACAGAAAACUCAAUUCAACCCGG